CAAAAUCCACACAUUGUGAUACAGUAGUACACUCACAUACUCUGUACCGCACUUAAAUAUUACACCAUCCCUCUCCCUCAUCAUUCACUUGCUUCUUUCAAGAACCUUUUAAACUCUGCCCUCUCUGCCCAAAAACCCAGAAAAAAUAGGCAAUAUCCUAUUGGUGAUUUCAUUACUUGAAAAUGCCGCUUAAUGUAGCGGGAACAGGCAUUGUAUGCGGUUUAUUGUUAUGCAUCAGUACUGUUUUUCUUUUUGCCAUUGUUGAAGCUGAAGAUCCGUACAGGUUUUUCAACUGGAAUGUCACUUACGGCGAUAUUUAUCCGCUCGGUGUUCGUCAACGGGGUAUUUUGAUCAACGGACAAUUUCCGGGGCCGGAUAUUCACUCCGUUACUAACGAUAACCUUAUCAUCAAUGUGUAUAACAGCUUAGACGAGCCUUUUCUUCUCUCCUGGAAUGGAAUUCAAAAUAGAAGAAAUUCAUAUGAGGAUGGUGUUUAUGGGACCACAUGCCCAAUUCCUCCAGGCAGAAACUUCACAUACAUUCUUCAAGUAAAGGAUCAAAUUGGAAGUUUCUAUUACUUCCCUUCUCUUGCAUUCCACAAAGCUGCUGGUGGUUUUGGAGGUAUCCGAAUCCUCAGUCGCCCGCGAAUUCCUGUUCCUUUCCCAGAUCCUUCCGGCGAUUACACCGUUCUUAUUGGAGAUUGGUACAAAUCUAAUCACACGGACCUAAAAGCUCAUCUGGAUAAUGGUAAGAAGCUGCCAUUCCCUGAUGGCAUCCUCAUCAAUGGUCGUGGGCCCAAUGGUUACGCUCUCACUGUUGAACAAGGAAAAACGUACAGACUUAGAAUAUCGAAUGUUGGGUUACAAAAUUCACUCAAUUUCCGGAUUCAAAACCAUAAAAUGAAGCUUGUAGAAGUAGAAGGAACACAUACUCUUCAAACUACAUAUUCCUCACUAGACGUUCAUGUUGGCCAGUCCUACUCUGUUCUGUUUACAGCUGACCAGCCUGGUCAGGACUACUACAUUGUGGUUUCCUCCAGGUUCACUGACAAUGUGACCACCACCACUGGCGUUCUUCAUUACAGUAACUCUGCUGGCCCAGUCUCUGGCCCACCCCCUGGUGGACCCACCAUUCAGAUUGAUUGGUCUCUCAAUCAGGCCCGCUCCAUUAGGACAAAUCUUACUGCAAGUGGACCAAGACCAAAUCCACAAGGCUCGUACCAUUAUGGUAUGAUCAACACAACCAGGACCAUCAUUUUUGCUAGUUCUGCUGGUCAAGUGAAUGGCAAGCAGAGAUAUGCAGUCAACAGUGUGUCCUUUGUUCCACAGGACACCCCACUAAAGCUUGCAGACUACUUCAAGAUUCCUGGAGUUUUUAAAGAGAAUAGUAUAUCAGACAGACCGUAUGGGGGAGGAAUUUACCUCGACACUUCAGUUUUGACUGUUAAUUAUAGAGAAUUUGUAGAAAUUGUAUUUCAGAACAAUGAAAACAUUGUGCAAAGCUGGCAUCUUGAUGGUUACAGUUUCUUUGUCGUUGGUAUGGACGGAGGACAAUGGACAUCAGCCAGUAAGGAUCAAUACAACCUUCGUGAUGCAGUUGCACGAUGCACCACUCAGGUAUAUCCAAUGUCGUGGACUGCAAUUUAUGUGCCGCUAGACAAUGUAGGAAUGUGGAACAUAAGAACGGAGUUCUGGGCACGCCAAUACCUUGGGCAGCAGCUUUAUUUGCGAGUUUUCACAACCUCCACUUCACUUAGAGAUGAAUACCCCAUUCCAAAGAAUGCAAUUACUUGUGGAAAGGCGGCCGGUCGACGCACACGACCACUGUAAACUGUAGCAUCACGAUAAAGAAAAUAGUAAUUGAAGACGGGGAAUUAGCCUGUCUAGCUCCGGAGAACGAACGAAUGAAGAGUGGAGUUUUGCAUCGUUGGCUGCUUUACUUCAGGCUUAAGUAUUUAUUAUAUGAUUAGGUCUAUUACUGACUUCAGCUCGAAGUCACAUUCUUUUUUUCUCUAUUGAUUGUAUUCCGUUUUGUAUCGGUACAUUAUUUAUAAAUAGUAUAUUAUAAGGUCUUAAGGCCAGCUAUUUCUCAAGCUGGUUUUAGGUAAUUAAAGUUUGUAUCAGUAAAUUGAGUUGCUCACUUGUAAUACUAUCUUUUUCUUUUGA